AUGUUCUUCUUCUCCAUCUCAGACCUCAGCGUCGCGUCUGUUGCUAGGAGACCGCUCGGCUUCCUGCGGCGCGCUAGUGCUUCCGGUGCGUGCGGCGCACGCGGGUUUGUUGUGGCGAUGUCGGCCGAGGAGAGCAGCGCGCUGAGCGGCCUGAGGAUCGCGUCGCACGCCCCGCUGGACGCCGCGCAGCUCGCCGGCCGGAGGAAGUGCUCUCGCUGCGGCGCGUCGCGGAUGUUCUUCUGCUACAGCUGCUGCGCGCUGGUCGGCCUGGAGGCGCGGGACGUGCCGAGCGUCGAGCUGCCGGUGAAGAUCGACAUCAUCAAGCACCCGAACGAAACGGACGGGAAGAGCACCGCGGUCCAGGCCAGGCUUCUGGCCCCGAGACACGUCACCAUCUACACCUACCCCUGCAUCCCCGAGCUGGACCAGAGCGCAGAGAACAUCGUGCUGGUGUUUCCCGGCCCGGACGCCAUGACGGUGGAGGAGCUGUGGGAGCAUUUCUCCGGCGGCGGGAAGCCGAGGGUCAAGAGGUUAAAGGUGACGGACGCAGAUCCCGAGACGCGCCGCUGCCCGAUCCAGAGGGUGGUGUUCAUCGACAGCACCUGGAACCAGACCACCAGAAUCAUCACAGACGAACGUCUUCAAGCUUUACCGAACGUGGAGCUGAAGAGCAGGAGGACCUGUUUCUGGAGGCAUCAGAAAGGCUGUCCGGACACGUACCUGGCCACCAUAGAGGCCGUUUACUACUUUCUCAAGGACCUGCACGGCCACUAUUUCUCCGAGUAUGAGGGAGAAUACGACAACCUGCUGUUCUUCUUCUCAUUCCUGCAUAAACUGAUCAACAAAGCCAAGCAGGCGGCUGGGAAAGUGUGAGCGUGUGUGUGUGUGUGUGUGUGUGUGUUUUACUGAAUGGACUGGAUGCAGCUCGUCUCAGUGAGAUACUUUUAUUUACAAGUGAAAAGCCGCAUGCAUUCACUGAUUGGCAUCUUGUUUUUAAGGCACUUCAGUGUGUAAUAAAGCUGUGUGUUAAUAA